UAUUUUAUGGAGACAAUGAACGCUAUCUAGUUAACUUGCCCGCUAGCAGAACAUUUGUUUAUAAAAGGUAAACAUUCUUGUGUUUUCUAAAAGAAAAACGGUUUGUAUGUCACCCUUAAAGUGCUUAGACAAGCGUAGUAAAGUCACAUGACUACUGUCGCUCAUUCAGAAUCCCGAAACGCCAAAGCUAACAUGCUAAUAAUUUCACACCCGGUCUUUGGAGUGACGCAAAUAAAAAAAAAUGUGAAAUCGUUGUUGAAACAAGCAAUAAGAUUAAAAUAGUAAUAAUUAUGCAAACAGGGUGUGCCACAUAGGCGUGUGCAUUCUGGUGUGUCAUCUCUAGUAGUUUUUUUUUCCUUCCUCCACUCCGCCCAAUGUCCAAAACCCAAACGCAGCGCUCCGCCUUCACCCGGCUUCAUUCCAGCAGAGGAAGGGGCGCGAGGAUACACGGAGGCUCCACCUCGUCACCCACUUCAAAAAGACAUUUCACUCCCCCCAAAAUUGCCACCAUCCUCUCAUAAUCCCGUGAAAAGAGCCCCACGGAGGAGAAGUUCAGAUCCUCCAUCACCCCUAUUCUUCGCGUCUUCUGCUGUCAUUGAGGGACGCCCUUCCACGGCUAAAACCAACCGUUUUCUUCGUUUUUGUGUGGGUUUUUUUGUUGUUCUGGGGAAAGGACCGUCAUCCACGCUGCACCAUGACCCGGAGAUCGUGUGCCAUUUACGCCACCGGCAUCGUGUGCGCCCACCUCCUCAUCGUGGGGAUCGCCCUGGUGGUGGCUCAAGUCUUCCAGACCACCAUACACAACCGCUUGAAAAAGGAAAUCACUCUGACCGAGAAGAGCCAGAUGUUUGAGUCGUGGAAGAAUCCUCCUCCGCCUGUUUACAUGGAGUACUACUUCUUCAAUGUGACCAACCCUGAAGUGUUCUUAGCGGGCGGCAAGGCAGCCGUCCAGCAGAUUGGACCCUACACCUACAGAGAGUACCGGCCGAGGGAAAACGUCACUUUCCUGGAGAACGGCACCAAGGUCUACGCUCUGAACCCCAAAACCUUUGUCUUCGUGCGAGAGAAGUCCAUCGGCGACCCCGAGGUGGACAUCCUCAGGACCAUCAACAUCCCAUUAGUGGUGGUGAUGAACGAGCUGAACUCCUACUCCUUCUUCCUUCGCACCAUCAUCUCCAUGUACAUCAAAAGUCUGGGAGUGGAGCUGUUUACCACGCGCACCGUGCACGAAUAUCUGUGGGGCUUCAAGGACCCCAUCCUCGCCAAGAUCCACUCCCUUCGGCCGGAGGUCGACGAGUACUUUGGGCUGAUGUGGAAGAAAAACGGAACCCAUGAAGGGGAGUUUGUGUUCCACACCGGCGAGCAGGACUACUUGGAAUACGGCAAGAUCGACACGUGGAACGGCCUCCGGGAGAUGACGUUUUGGUCCUCCAACCAGAGCAACAUGAUCAAUGGCACGGACGGUGCCGUCUUCCACCCCCUCAUAAACAGGAACGAGUUGCUGUACAUCUUCGCCGCCGAUCUCUGCAGGUCCAUCCAUUUGGCCUACGUGAAGGACGUGGAGGUGAAGGGCAUCCAAGCGUACCGCUUCGCGCCCCCCGAGGAUGUGCUCAUGAGCCCCGUGGACAACCCAGCUAACGAGGGCUUCUGCGUGCCAGCCGGAGACUGUCUCGGCACCGGCGUGCUGAAAGUCAGCGUUUGUCGACAAGGGGCUCCCAUCGUGGUGUCCUUCCCGCACUUCUACCAGGCCGAUCCCAAAUACAUCAACGCCAUCGAAGGCCUCAAUCCCAACAAGGAAGAACACGAGACCUACCUGGACCUGCAGCCGACCACUGGCGUUCCCAUUCGUGCCUGCAAGCGAGCUCAGCUCAACGUCAUUGUGAAGAGAGUGAUGGGCUUCCCUGAAACCAAGAUGAUCAAUGAGACCAUUUUCCCCAUCAUGUAUGUGAACGAGACGGCCACGGUGGACGACGACUCGGCGGCUCAGAUGAGAACGCUGCUCUUAAUCGUCACCCUGGUGUCCAACUUCCCCUUGCUCAUCGUGGGCUUGGGCAUCAUCCUGCUACUCGUGCUGGUCGUCCUCUUCUGCCGAAACCGCCAGAAGAAGAAUGAAGUUAAACGUAUUGAUUUUCAUGAGGCUUUUCAUUCUUUUGCUACGGCCAAAGACGAAACAGCCUACACGCAGGUCAGCGACAAAACCGACGAGUCACCGGACGCGCCGGCCAGCCAGCCCAUGAGGAACGGCUCAUACAUCGCCAUGUCUCCAGUGGAGGCCCAGAAGUGUUGAUACAGGAUGCUCACCAACAAGCCUGGAGCUCAGGACGGGGGGGCUUGAGGGAGCAGUGCACAGUGGGGGGGUGGGGGGUGUCCGCAGUGGGCUUCUUUUUCCACUAUUUCAAGGGGAUGGGGAUGUAAAUUGAUCAACAACAAAAGAUGGUGCUCUUCUCCCUGAGCCCUCUUAGGAUUGUCUAUUGCACCCCCGCCACCGCUUUUCCUCUCUUGGUUGACUCCAAAUAUGAAGGACUCGACCAGGACAAGCCUCCCCCCCACCCCCUCCUCUAAAAGGUAGCAUAGGUGUCCCCAUUCCACACGGAUGCAUUAUUUUGUCGAGAAGAAACAACCUGGCAUAUCUUUUCUAACGUGAUUGAGCCAAACUUAUUUAAGGUUGGUUUGCCUUUUCAAACCCCCCCUCCCCUGCACACACACACACACACACAUUAGCUGGUUGUGAAAGUGUGUGUGUGUUCCUUCAGAUCCUUCCCCCCCAACACUGGACACAUUUCAGAGUCUUUGGCUUAGCUAGCUGUGAAAUCCAUUUUGUUAUUGUUGUGGUUUCCACCUGUAGCUCCAUGCACCUUUUUACACAGGACAAAAAAACACCCAAGAGAACUUAGAAGGGGAGACCUGCUUUCUGCCUUACCAUGAUGAUGAUGGUUGUGGUGGUGGUGGUGAUGCCUCUCUUAACACUAACGUCGCUUGUCGCACGUCAACACUGUUACUUAAGCACAAUAUCGGACAAAAAGUGGUCCUCAGUCCAAGCUACCAGGUCUUCUUCUUUUUCUACCUUGGGUGAGUCAAAGAUGCUGCCAAGUGCCGUGAGCAUCCCAAAAACAAGACAACCCGGCGUUACUGUGCACGCGUUGGGGUUUUUUGAUGGGGUUUUUUGCGCAAAUGCAGCACUUGAAUCACUUUUUGUCUUACGUCAUCACUUUCGUAAUCGGCAGGAAAAAAAGAAAAAAAAUCCCCCUCCCCAUACUUUUUGCCUGGAAAAUGUGCCGUGUAUUUGUUGUCCUUAUUUCAACUUGUGGUCCACGCGUUUGAAAACAUUUCACCCCCUCAGUGUCUUCUUUUUGAUAUUUUUGUGUGUUUGUUGUUGCUGCUAUUGUGGCCAUUGCCUGUGGAUGGGUCGUCUGUUGGAAUGACCUAACGUUGCCAUUUGAUGGAAACUACACCACCUUUUUUUCUUUUGGUGUCGCUGGGAUUUUCCUCAAUGGGCUGGAUGAGCUGAAAGAAAAGAAAAAAAGAAUAGUGCCACAAGUCAGUUUUGGGUCAACAACCGACACCGUGGUGAUCAGAUGAGUUCACUAAGGGCCUUUUUUGCACACAUUCACUGUUCCAAGUCUUGAACCCCAAGCCACGUUUCCACCAGUAGCGGUUCUGUUCAGGUUCAAUAACAUUUGCUUCGUACCACAGAUGUGCCAUCCUUAAAUUGUCGCUGAUAAUGUCAAGCUUCACCUGGCAACGCAAGCACGGUACGGGUGGAAUUGGUCACAUUAUCUGUAAACGCAUGACACAAAUAGCACAGAUUCCUCUCUACAUUGUAAUCCACAAUAUUUUUAAUGGCUCUUUUUUGCUUCUGUGAUACAGUUGUUACGUAGGAGGGACAAUUCUGUCGACCAAUUAAUAGACAACAGAUUGUUUAGCUCCACCCCAACGGUGAGCACUCGUUCUCUGACUAGCCGUCCCGCCACAGUUGGUGUCAGAAGUGGGAUGGCUAGAAACAUCAAAAAACUGAACCAAACAUCGACUUUGUACUGUAUUUCCACCAAGCAGUUGGUGGCGUCGGAUUGGUUCAUUCUGAUCAAAUCGUGUGUAAACAAGUGACACAAAUGCUGCUAAUUUGUCUUAUGACAUUUCCUGAUAUGUUAAAAAAAUCACUUUUUAUCCAGAAAAGUAGGCAAAAAAAACGACUCACCCCAACAGAUUUGUUUAAUAUAGCGCCCGAAAAUGCGUACUCAACUCAACAGAACCGAAGCACCAGGUGGAAACGAGGGUUUUAUGUCUCGUUUCCACCAAGCAGUCCCGUCCAGUUGGCCGUGGUUCAUGUCAGAUCGUUGAUUCUGUACGAAAAGUCAUCUCACCGCAAACCAAAAUAUCGUUAAAUGGCCAUUUUCCAUUCCUAAUGUGUCCGUCGUAACACAGCAAUGACAGUUUCUGUGGCAAAAUGAAAGACGUUAGGGUUUGACAAAUGAUGUGGAGCGAAUCGUACCAUAGCUUCAGGCACCCGAACCCUUGCGGUUACCAAACUGAACCCAACCUUCUUGGUGGAAACGUGUUUUUGUUGUUUUUAACGAGCGCCUGUUCACACCUGAGCCAUCACUCUCCCUUUUGUGGAGCCUGAUCCCGCGUUUGCCCAUUGGCUCGUGACCAAAGAUGACCCUAGCUCCCUCUGCACUUCCGUGCCACAAACCGGACCCGCCUAGCCAUUCCUUAAAAAAAACGUGCCACCGUGAAAAGUAUUUUGCUGCAUGGACGCUUGCGUGUGUGCGUGCGUGUGUGUGUGUGUGCGUGGUAUGUGCCUUCUUGACAUCAAGGCUGAAAGAACACUGGCUAGUUUUAGCCUGUCGUAUUUGCAAACACAGGAAAAAUCUCAGUAUUAUGUAAGAUUAAAAGCAAUACAGACUUGUGAAUUUAAAAAAAAUGUUUUGUAAGGGGCCACACAAUAUUUAUGUUAUUUUUGUUCCUUGCCCUACCUGGGAUUGUGAUUUUUUUUUUUAAGUGUUUAGUGAUAUUUUGCUUGGCUCCAAGCACAUUUCAGUUUGGUUGUUUUUUGUUUUUUUUUUAAAGAAAACACACACAAAAGACAGAAUCUGACGCCGCUGACAGUCGGACCUUGUCCCCGUGUUCGUGGAUGGUUGGACAUUUGUCUAGUGAGGAUGCUAACUGGUAUUUGUGGACCACUUUGGUCCAGCUGGAGGGUUUUUGAUAGCAAGGCUGACUUAUCUUGAUGUAACGCUAGCAAGAUGGAUGAAGCUCCUACUCCUUCAGGGACCAGCAGUUGUGCCAUAAUGUUCCCUCUGUUUAAAAAACAAACAUGUAUAUUAGAGUUCUUUUUGGGGGGGGUGGGGGGGUCCUUUCACUUUUCAUUUCAAGCAGCGGCGUCUGGCCAAAGCGCCCCCUGUGAGGUCACUAACAGAUUUCCGAUGUCGCUGGUUUUGUUUUGCUGCUGAGAAUGACAAUCUCCCCUUGUCAUGUUAGGUGCAAAAUGAUUUCAAAGUAAUACUCCUGUUUAGUUUUGAUAAUUUACACGGCACACCCGUUUCUACAGUGCUUUUGUAAACAUUUCUAGUGUAUUUGCAAGAAAAUAAACAUUGCCAAGUGCAAACCACUCUGCUCUU